UUUUUCAACAUUGUUGUUAAGAAGUAUUUUAUAGCAGUUUUUUUUAUUCGGUUUAAUGUUUUGAGAAAUCACUUCUUCUUCGCGAUCUCGUUGCGAAUUUAAAACGAUUUUUUGUUUCUGGAUGAUUUGCGCCAAUCUUGCAACAAAUAUGAUUUCGUUUUAUUUUAGACGUGUUAGAUUAAAGCUUCACUGAGACAAUGACGUCACAACUGUUUUGGUCGUUUUUGGUCCUCGCCCUUGUGACAGAAGCUUCAUCGUGGUCAACAAGACGACGAUCAUCAUCGUGCGUAAUGCCCAGAAAUUGUCGUGUUAGUUCUUGGAGUUCGUGGAGUGCUUGUAGCCAGCCUUGCGGCACCGGAGGGAUGCAGAAUCGUAAACGCACGGUGACUAGAUAUCCAUUAUGCGGUGGGUCGCCGUGUCGUAAACUCAUGGUAACCCGGUCCUGUAAUCAGGGGAAAUGUGCUAAUGGCGGAACUCCCAAUAUAGAGGGAUGUAACUGUAGACAGGAAUUCAGCGGACAGUGUUGUUUGCAAACUGAAGUUUAUAAGACGAUCGGUUGUUACAACGACAGUUUGGACCGUGCGAUCCCUACCCUAGAAGAAACAGAUUACAUCCUGGAUGGCGACUUUUGGACGAGAAAUGAUCCAAUUUACAAAUGUUAUGAAGUGGCCAAGAAACUAGGCUUCAAAGUUUUCGCUCUUCAAGCUGGUGGAUGGUGUGCAUCGAGUUCUACAGCCGAAAAAACAUUCAACAAAUAUGGAAUGUCCUCGAAUUGUGAAAAUGAUGGUGAAGGCGGACCAUAUGCCAAUCAAGCCUAUUAUAUCAAAGAUUAUACAGGUGUUGGAUGCUAUAGAGACACUACAGAUCGUGCAAUUCCAACACUUGAAGACACAGACUCAGUCUUGGAUGGCGGGGUAUUCUUUUACCGCAGCCGUCAGAACGCAAUUGUCAAGUGCGCUGUCGCAGCUCGCAGAAGGGGUUUCCCUGCCUUUGCACUUCAGGAUGGCGGCUGGUGUGCAGCGAGCGCUAAUGUACUGGAGACGUUUAACAAAUAUGGCAAGAGUAGCGACUGCAAUAAUAAAGGCACAGGAGGUCCUUUUGCAAACAAUGUUUACGUCUUUCAAGAUGAAAUUAACACCGUCAGAGUUUCAGAUCCAAUCGCCUUUUAUCCCUUGAACACCAAGUACACAACACGGGAAAUAAAAAAUCGACAAGCCCAGGGUAACCCUGUUGGUGUUAGCAUGGCGCCAGGGCCUGAUGGCAAGGCCGGUGGCUCGUACCAAUUCACGGGACAAAGCAACAGUUACAUCGAGUUCCCAAACAAUGGAGGGUUAGAUGCUCAACACUCCAUCACCAUGUUAUGUUGGGUGUAUCCUGAGAAUACAGACGGACCAAUUUUCAAUUAUAAGAUAACUGGUGGGCCUUGGGCUGUUCAUUUCUGGAUGCAUUCUGGAAAGCUGUACGGUGUAAUAAGUCAACGAAAUUACCUUAUGAUUCCAGGGUUACGCACGUUUCACGUUCUGGCGUUAAACCAGUGGCAUUAUGUUGGUUUUACCUAUAGUCACAUUACUGGUAUGGCAAAUUUAUGGCUGGAUGACCAACGAGUGGUGCACAGGAAUAUUGGAGCCGGCCUGUCUCUUUCAACUCAAGAUAACGUUAGAAUGGGCGCAUUAGAAAAUGAUGGCCGGUAUUUUAAGGGACGAAUUACAGCCAUGCAGAUUUAUGACGUUGCUUUGACCGAGGAGCAAAUAAACGCAGUGGAAAACGCUGGUCAAGGAAACGACAGGUGCAGUGAGAUGGGCUGGGAGUCCGCCCUCAGUGGACCAGGAUGGGCAAACUGCUCAUUGGGAAGAUACAUAAGUGGAGUGUGGAGGGAAAAUGAUGCUGUCAUUUCUUUACCUGAUGGCAUCGAUAAUAUUAAAAAGGGGCAGUGCUGUAGCCCUCCACACGAAUACAAAGAUGAUACUCCUGUUUGCCAAACACUGGAUUGGAAAACUUCAUUAAGCAGAAACAACAGAUGGGCUUCCUGUCCUGGCGGGUAUUUUCUCCAAGGAAUUUAUCGCUCAAACGAGACUUGGCUUCACAACAUCGAAAAAGCAUUGUGCUGCAGACCCAGAAACUUCAAAAACAUGACCAAGGAUUGCUACGAUGAAAAUGUAAGGAAAUCACUAAAUAAGAAAGGCUGGAGUAAGUGUCGAGACUGGCACUAUAUGAUGGGCUUGGACACUGCUCUCUUAAAAGAUUAUACAGGUGUUGGAUGCUAUAGAGACACUACAGAUCGUGCAAUUCCAACACUUGAAGACACAGACUCAGUCUUGGAUGGCGGGGUAUUCUUUUACCGCAGCCGUCAGAACGCAAUUGUCAAGUGCGCUGUCGCAGCUCGCAGAAGGGGUUUCCCUGCCUUUGCACUUCAGGAUGGCGGCUGGUGUGCAGCGAGCGCUAAUGUACUGGAGACGUUUAACAAAUAUGGCAAGAGUAGCGACUGCAAUAAUAAAGGCACAGGAGGUCCUUUUGCAAACAAUGUUUACGUUUUUCAAGAUGAAAUUAACACCGUCAGAGUUUCAGAUCCAAUCGCCUUUUAUCCCUUGAACACCAAGUACACAACACGGGAAAUAAAAAAUCGACAAGCCCAGGGUAACCCUGUUGGUGUUAGCAUGGCGCCAGGGCCUGAUGGCAAGGCCGGUGGCUCGUACCAAUUCACGGGACAAAGCAACAGUUACAUCGAGUUCCCAAACAAUGGAGGGUUAGAUGCUCAACACUCCAUCACCAUGUUAUGUUGGGUGUAUCCUGAGAAUACAGACGGACCAAUUUUCAAUUAUAAGAUAACUGGUGGGCCUUGGGCUGUUCAUUUCUGGAUGCAUUCUGGAAAGCUGUACGGUGUAAUAAGUCAACGAAAUUACCUUAUGAUUCCAGGGUUACGCACGUUUCACGUUCUGGCGUUAAACCAGUGGCAUUAUGUUGGUUUUACCUAUAGUCACAUUACUGGUAUGGCAAAUUUAUGGCUGGAUGACCAACGAGUGGUGCACAGGAAUAUUGGAGCCGGCCUGUCUCUUUCAACUCAAGAUAACGUUAGAAUGGGCGCAUUAGAAAAUGAUGGCCGGUAUUUUAAGGGACGAAUUACAGCCAUGCAGAUUUAUGACGUUGCUUUGACCGAGGAGCAAAUAAACGCAGUGGAAAACGCUGGUCAAGGAAACGACAGGUGCAGUGAGAUGGGCUGGGAGUCCGCCCUCCGUGGACCAGGAUGGGCAAACUGCUCAUUGGGAAGAUACAUAAGUGGAGUGUGGAGGGAAAAUGAUGCUGUCAUUUCUUUACCUGAUGGCAUCGAUAAUAUUAAAAAGGGGCAGUGCUGUAGCUCUCCACACGAAUACAAAGAUGAUACUCCUGUUUGCCAAACACUGGAUUGGAAAACUUCAUUAAGUAGAAACAACAGAUGGGCUUCCUGUCCUGACGGAUAUUUUCUCCAAGGAAUUUAUCGCUCAACGGAGACUUGGCUUCACAAUAUCGAAAAGGCAUUGUGUUGCAGACCCAGAAACUUCAAAAACUUUACCAAGAAUUGCUACGAUGAAAAUGUAAGGAAAUCACUAAAUAAGAAAGGCUGGAGCAAGUGUCGAGACUGGCACUAUAUGAUGGGCGUAUACAAAGGAGACUGUGACAACCUGAAUUGUAUUGACAUGAUAAAAUGCUGCCGGAUGACUCCUCCAGGUACGCACUCUCAUGGUCUCUCGGACCACUAAUAUUAAACUGAAAUCCUACUAAAUCCUAUUAUUAUAUGACUCUGUCCCACAGGGACUGGGAACUACCAAAUUCACGAUUUUGAUUGGCUGAAAUCGAUAUUGAAAGUGGUCUAGAUUUUUCCAUCUAGAACGGCAUCUAAACCGGUAAUGUUUUGCAGCGAAUAAGUUGCAAACUAAAAUGCAAAAUCACUGGCUAUUUUCAUCUAACAAUAUUUAUUUUAUGGAAGUGCCAAAAAGGCUGCUUAGAUAAAAGUAUUGAGGACGAGCAAACUUUGGCAGAAUUAAAUUCAGCUCAUC